CCUUCCAAUUCUGAGCCGAGCAAAUGUAUUUUAAUGGCGGUCUGCACACCUGUCGUUAUCGGCUAGCUAUCGACUAAUCAAGGAAAAAGCAAAAACGAUUACGUGCAGCAAUGUCGUUCACUAAUCGUUUUGCUUGCGUUUCAAAUUGGUGUGGUUUCAGGAAAAUUUCUUAUAUUUUGUGAAAAAUUAAAAAAAAUGAGCGAUUCAACUAUAAAAUUUGUUGAAUUAAUAGAAACGUACCCGUGUUUAUACAAUAACACUCUUCAAGAGUAUUCGAGGAAGGAUGUUACGGAAAGGGCUUGGAAUGAGGUGUCUCAACAAAUGCUAUGGCCAGUUAGUGAGUGCAAAGAGAAAUGGCGAAACAUUCGUAACAAUUUUGUUCGCAGCCUAAAAGCACCGCCAAGUGGUUCUGGCGCGAAAGCGAAAAAACCGUACUAUCUCCAUGACUCCCUACAAUUUGUGCUACAAUAUAUAAGGCCUGUAAAGCAUUCGGCCGGAAAUGAAAGCAGUGUUUUAUACAGCGAUGUGGACCUCUUUACUGAAAGCGAAGAGGUAGAGGUAUUUACGGAGGAAAAUUCUUAUGACCCGAUUCCGGAAACGUCACAAAGAGUAGAAAGCGGUGUUAAGGCAAGAAAAAGAAAAAAAGAGGGUGAUGGCGAUAUUGCUGAGGCGGUAAUGGAAAUAGUAAAAUCAAGGGAGAAUAGGAAGGGACGUGAUGAGGGACGGGAUGACGGUCGGCGAAUGUUUUUUUUAAGCUUGAUGCCGGAUGUUAACAAGUUGAGCGACGAAAACUUCAUGCAAUUCCGCAUAAAUACAAUAGUUGAGCUACAGAAGAUUUUGCUUCAGCAGGAACGCUCAGGGAACUCUUUUUUUCAGACCAAAUCCAAGUCAAUUGUACUACCCGACCUGUUCUACUCCUUCUACUUCGCCAGAUGAUGUAUCUUCUGAGCCAUUCGACCAAAAUCAAAACGUUUUUCACAAGCCUGAGGAAAUAUUUUUUGUCGAACAAUAAGUAUUUUAUAAAUUUACAUAUUGUAGCGAUAUAUCUGUUGUCAUAAGCAAUAACCGUCUAAGUCGACAAAAGAAAGAAUUGAGUUUUUACGAAAAUAUAUUACGUUUCCCCAUAAGGCUAACAUUACAAUCUCAAUGUUAAAAAUGUUUUUUCUCGAUUUCAGGUUUUUCGACUUAGGCGAUUAUUGCUUAUGACCACAGAUAUAUUAAUUAUAUGCUAAAAGCUAUUCUUGAAAUAUUGUAUCGUAAAGCAAACGAUUUGAAAAGUUUCCUAUUUUUGUAAAUGUUCCUAAAACAU